AUGCUAGGCUGGACUCUCCUGGGCCUCACGGCUCUCUCGGGCCUCGGGGCAGGCGCCCCACUGUGCUUAUCCCAGCAGCUCAGGAUGCAAGGGGACUACAUGCUGGGCGGGCUCUUCCCCCUGGGCACAACUGACGAUGCUGGUCUGGGCGGCAGGAUACAACCCAAUGCCACUGUGUGCACCAGGUUCUCGUCCCUCGGCCUGCUCUGGGCGCUGGCCGUGAAGAUGGCCGUGGAGGAGAUCAACAACGGGUCCACCCUGCUGCCGGGGCUGCGUCUGGGCUGUGACCUCUUCGACACGUGUUCAGAGCCCGUGGUGGCCAUGAAGCCCAGCCUCAUGUUCAUGGCCAAGGCGGGCAGCUGCGACGUGGCCGCCUCCUGCAACUACACGCAGUACCAGCCCCGCGUGCUGGCUGUCAUUGGGCCCCACUCGUCCGAGCUCGCCCUCCUCACCGGCAAGUUCUUCAGCUUCUUCCUCAUGCCUCAGGUCAGCUACGGGGCCAGCACCGACCGGCUGAGCAACCGGGAAACCUUCCCGUCCUUCUUCCGCACGGUGCCCAGUGACCGCGCGCAGGCCGAGGCGAUGGUGGAGCUGCUGGUGGAGCUCGGCUGGAGCUGGGUGGCUGCGGCGGGCAGCGACGACGAGUACGGCCGGCAGGGCCUGAGCCUCUUCUCCAGCUUGGCCAACGCCAGGGGCAUCUGCAUCGCGCACGAGGGCCUGGUGCCGCUGCCGCCCGCGGGCAGCCUGCGGCCGGGCUCUGUGCAGGACCUGCUGCGCCAGGUGAACCAGAGCCGCGCACAGGUGCUGGUGCUCUUCUCCUCCGCCCGCGCGGCCCGCGCCCUCCUCGGCGACAGCAUCCGCCGCAGGCUCUCACCCAAGGUGUGGGUGGCCAGCGAGGCCUGGCUGACCUCAGACCUGGUCAUGACGCUGCCCGGCUUGGCCACGGUGGGCACCGUGCUUGGCUUCCUCCAGCAGGGCGCCCCCAUGCCCGAGUUUCCGUCCUACGUGCGCAGCCGCCUGGCCCUGGCAGCCGACCCCGCCUUCUGUGCCUCGCUGGACGCCGAACAGCCCGGCCUAGAGGAGCACGUGGUGGGGCCGCGCUGCCCGCAGUGUGACCACAUCACGCUGGAGGACGUAUCUGCGGGGUUGCUGCACCACCAGACCUUCGCCGCCUACGCGGCCGUGUACGGCGUGGCCCAGGCCCUCCACAACACACUGCUCUGCACUGCCUCAGGCUGCCCCCCGCGGGAGCCUGUGCAGCCCUGGCAGCUCCUCGAGAACAUGUACAACAUGACCUUCCACGCACGUGGCCUGGCACUGCAGUUCGAUGCCAGCGGGAACGUGAACAUGGAUUAUGACCUAAAACUGUGGGUGUGGCAGGACCCGACACCCGAGUUGCGCACUGUCGGAGUCUUUAAUGGCCGCCUGAAGCUCUGGCACUCCCAGCUGUCCUGGCACACACCAGGGAACCAGCCGCCUGUGUCCCAGUGCUCCCGGCAGUGCAGGGAGGGCCAGGUGCGCCGAGUGAAAGGCUUCCACUCCUGCUGUUACGACUGCGUGGACUGCAAGGCUGGCAGCUACCAGCGCAGCCCAGAUGACCUCCUCUGCACCCAGUGUGAGCAGGACCAGUGGUCCCCAGACCGGAGCACACGCUGCUUCCCCCGCAGGCCCACGUUCCUGGCAUGGGGGGAGCCAGCCGUGCUGGUGUUGCUUAUACUGCUGGGCCUGGCGCUGGGUCUGGUGCUGGCAGCCCUGGGGCUCUUCAUCUGGCACUGGGACAGCCCACUGGUUCAGGCCUCAGGUGGGCCAUGGGCCUGCUUUGGCCUGGCCUGCCUGGGCCUCGUCUGCCUCAGCGUCCUCCUGUUCCCUGGCCGGCCAGGCCCUGCCAGCUGCCUGGCCCAGCAGCCACUGCUCCACAUUCCACUUACUGGCUGCCUGAGCACACUUUUCUUGCAAGCGGCCCAGAUAUUUGUGCGCUCGGAGUUGCCACCCAGCUGGGCAGAGCCGCUGCGUGGCCGCCUGCAGGGGCCCUGGGCCUGGCUGGUGGUGCUACCGCCUCUGCUGGCAGAAGCGGCACUGUGCACCUGGUGCCUGGUGAUUUUCCCGCCAGAGGUGGUGACGGACUGGUGGGUGCUGCCCACAGAGGCGCUUGUGCACUGCCGUGUGCGCUCCUGGGUCAGCUUCGGCCUGGUGCACGCCACCAAUGCUGUGCUGGCCUUCCUCUGCUUCCUGGGCACCUUCCUGGUGCAGAGCCAGCCGGGCCACUACAAUGGCGCCCGUGGCCUCACUUUUGCCAUGCUGACCUACUUCAUCACCUGGAUCUCCUUUGUGCCCCUCUUUGCUAAUGUGCACGUGGCCUACCAGCCCACAGUGCAGAUGGGUGCCAUCCUCCUCUGUGCCCUGGGCAUCCUGGCCACCUUCCACCUGCCCAAGUGCUACCUGCUGCUGUGGCGGCCGGAGCUCAACACCCCUGCAUUCUUCCUGGGAGAUGAUGCUGGAGUACAGUGCAGCAGCAGUACUGGGGGGCAGGAGACUCGGGGCAAAAACAAGUGACCCCUGACCCAGGGACCUCACCCCAGUGAACCCAGACUUAGCUGCGAUGCCCCCAAACCAAGUUCCUAUGAAGCAAGCCCAGACUGUACCCCAGCUGCUGAGACCACCCCCAGCCCUCGAUCCUGACUGCAGGCUGACCGCUGAUCUUGACGCCACAGCGAUCCUUGGACCUGAAGCGCCCAUUUGGGGCCCCAGAGCAGGGCCUACCCAUGUGACCCAGUCCCAGUGGUCCAAAAAAGAGGCCCAUAGAAAGACUCCUCAGGGCUCCUGUAGCUCAUGCCAAGAGCUCAGGAGAGCCCCCAGCCAGAUCACCUGAAGCUCACCAAGCUGGGCAUUACUUGCCUGGCCAGGCCCAGCCUGGAGCCUCCAGUCAGCACCCCAUCCAAGCAUCACAGGAAUGGGAGGUUAGUGGGUGGGCUGGAGCUGCUCUGACCCCUCUGCAGGGGCAUUCAAUUGACCGUGGGCCCCCAGAGUGGGACAGGAAUGGUAAGUAGGGUGGGGUCCCACUUGGGGGAGGAUGGGGAGCACACCCCACCUCCUCUUCUCUCCGUGGCCCGGCCUGAGCUGGUAAAAUGGGGUCAGAUGGCCAGCAGCACCGUGGACAGAGCCUGGGGUCAGCACCAAGGCCAGCACCCAUGGCCAAGACCCCUGGAGCCAGGAGCUAGCACCACGGACAGAAGACCAGCCACUAGGACCCUGCCAGAAGCCAGGACCAGGGACAGAGCCCCGGUGCGGACCAGAGACCCAGAGGACAGCACCCGGCCAGUCCUCCGUCAGCUCUCAGCCAGGCCCUGGGGAGGCUG